UUUACUGACGGACCGGCCGCGCAAAGCAGCUUCGGUGAAACCAAACUCAACGCAUUCACCUAAUCGUGACAUUCUGGAUUAAAUGAAUCUGUAUUUACAAUCCGUAGACGGUUUGUGUAGAUAUUAAACUGAAAGUUUGAAGUUCAUAACAGAAGCACGAAUGGCUUCAAUCAGCGUUGUUCUGCACAAUAUCUGUCUGUCUGCAGGUGUUAAACCCAUGUUGCCCAUGGUUCAUCUGUGAUGGCAGGAAAUAGUCGUUUCUCGGCGUCUGACCGGUUCGAGUACCUCCAGGGUCUGGUGACAGAGUUUCAGGACACUGACAGUGAGGAGGCUAAAGAGCAAGUGCUGGCAAACCUGGCCAACUUUGCCUACGAUCCGUCUAACAUGGAGGCACUGCGAUUGCUCCAGGUCACCGAGCUGUUCCUGGACAUGCUGACGGAGGAGAAUGAGAACUUUGUGGAGUUUGGCAUUGGUGGUUUGUGUAACCUCAGCAUGGAGCGGGAGUCCCGGGAUCAGAUCCUGCAAAGCGGCGGAGUCCCGUUAGUGAUAUCAUGCCUGUCGAGUAACAGAGAUGAGACGGUUCUCUCGGCCAUCACCACAUUAAUGAACCUGACCACAGCAGCCUCGCGCACCGAGACCACAGACAGCGCUGUGGUGCAGUGCAUGCUGCGCUUCUCCCUCACGCAGAACCCACGCCUCAGGAACCUGGCCUCGGUCUUCCUGCAGGAUUACUGCACACAGAAACAAGUGGACACAGCCCGAGCUGAAAUGCAGGGACAAAGCCAAUCGGCGGUCGGCAUUCCGCUGCCAAAGGACUGAACACUUGACUGUGAACGUAGCUGUUCCUGGACAAUUUGUAUAUUUAAGAUUAUUUUGAAAAAUAAAAGCUUAUUUUCUUAAUGAA